AUGGACAUCUCCACAGAAGGAAAACUAAUUCCAAAGACAAAAUUAAAUGUUCCUAAAAAAAAAACAAAUGCGGAAAAGGCAGCUGAAAAAAUUAAAAAAUCCAUGAGGGCGAAUACCAAAAAGAUAUUGGAAAAGCAAUUAUUAACAACAAUUGCAGAACCAAAAAAUAUUAUCGGUUCAGAAGUGCCGAUCUCCAAUGUUAAUGAUGAAAAAUCGAAAAAAGAGAGCGUUAUGGAAAAGACUGAUAGUGGCACUAAAAAAAAAUACAAACAAACGGAGAAAAAAGAAAGUGAAGAAAAGAAGAAAAUGACCAAAAAAAUAGAAAAGAAAGGGAUUGAAACAGAGGAAAAUGAUAGCGAAAUAGAAAAGAAAGAGAGUGAAAUAGAAAAGACAAACAGAGAAAAGAAGACGAAAGAGAAGAAAAAAAAAGAAGAAAAAGAGAUUGAAACAGAAAACAAAGAAAAGGAAAAUGAUAGCGAAAUAGAAAAGAAAGAGAGUGAAAUAGAAAAGACAAACAGAGAAAAGAAGACGAAAGAGAAGAAAAAAAAAGAAAAAAAAGAGAUUGAAACAGAAAACAAAGAAAGUGAAAUAGAAAAUAAUGAGAGUGACACUAAAAAAAAAUACAAACAAACGGAGAAAAAAGAAAGUGAAGAAAAGAAGAAAAUGACCAAAAAAAUAAAAAAGAAGGAGAUUGACACAGAGGAAAAUGAUAGCGAAAUAAAAAACAAUGAUAAUGACACUGAAAAAAAUUACAAACAAACGGAGAAUAAAGAAAAUGAAAAAAAGAAGAACGAGAGCAAAAAAAUAGAAAAGAAGGAGAUAUUAACAGAUGAAAAUAAUAUCGAAAUAGAAAAGAAUGAGAGUGACACUGAAAAAAAAUACAAACAAACGGAGAAAAAAGAAAGUGAAAAAAAGAAGAAAAUGAGCAAAAAAAUAGAAAAGAAAGGGAUUGAAAAAAAGGAAAAAAAUAGCGAAAUAGAAAAGAGGGAACAAAAGGAGAAAAAAGAAAAUGAAAAAAAGAACGAGAUUAAAAAUAAAAAAAAGAUAGGGAGUGACGCAAAGAAGAUAGAGUGCACAAUAGAAAAGAAAAACAGCGAAACCAAAAACAAUGAUAGUGAGACAGAGAAGAAAAGUGAAACGGAGAAAAAAGAAAGUGAAAAAAAGAAGAAAUUUAAUGAGAAUGAUAUUAUAAAGAAAAAUGUUGAAAAGAAAAAAAGAAAAUUGGAAAUAGAUUCAGAAUUAGAAGAUGUAAUAAGAAAAGAAAAUAAUGAAAUGGAUAAAGAAGUAACAAACAAUAAUAGAAAUGAAGAAUGUUAUAGUAAUGAAGAUAAAGAUGAAGAAUUUAAUGAUAAUGAUAAAGAAUUUAGUGAUAAUGAUGAAGAAUAUAAUGAUAGUUAUGAAGGAAAUGUAGGGAAAUUUGAGAAACAGAAUGGAUCACAAAUGGCGAUUGAUAUAAAAAAUGAAAAUGAAGAAGAGAGUACAAAUGAUUGGGAAAAAAAUGAUGGAGACAUUAGAAGAGGUGAAGAAAGUGAUGAAAAUAGCGAAGAAGAAAGUACAGAUGAAGAGAAUAGUAGCGGGGAAAAAUGUGAUAAUAAUGGCGAAAAUAGUGAAGAAGAGGACAAUGAUUUUUAA